AUGGACAUGGGAGAUGAUAUGACCUCUAUACGUCCUCAGCCUACUACCACACUCUCUGCUCUGGCUGCCGGUCAAACCGACUUCACCCCGGGUUAUAUCGAUUCCAAAGGUGACUACGUACCUCUGGACGAUGAACUGACAGCGUACCAAGCAGCAAGAAUCCCUUGGGCGGAUGAGGUCAGAUACGGUCACUAUGCUCUCUUCUUCCUUGGAGCUAUACUGGCCAUUUAUACUCUUCUUCAUCUCUACUCCCUCAUUCGAGCACGUUUUCUCCCCGAUUCCACUUCCAAGCUCCUCACCGGCCGAUUGGGGAAUGUCAAAACGAGAAUAUUGGCUGUCGCCAGAAUCCUCACGUAUCCUCAGCUCCCCUACUCCGACAGACUCGCCCUGAUUUGGACUAUUGGACCUUUAGGACCCAAUCUGCUUUUGGCGGGGGGACUUGUGCUGGUAUCACUCUUGACUUGGGUUAAUAAAUACUAUUACUACGCCCCUUUCUACGGUAGCGCCCCCCUUUAUCUCAGAUCGGAAUGGAUCGCUAUGGCUACUCUUCCAUUUGUCUAUGUAUUGGGAACCAAACGAAAUUUCAUCACUCUGCUCACCGGAGUAUCCCAUGACAAACUUCAAGUGUUCCAUCAAGGAGUUGCCUUCAACUUCGUAUACAUGUCGCUCGUCCACACCAUCACUGCUAUUAUUCGUGCCUACCGUGAUUAUGGUUUUGUCAAGGAAGUCAUGUAUAACCCAAUCUAUGUGAGCGGGUUUGUAGCACUUGCACCUCUUUGUGUCUUGUUUUUAGGAGCGUUGCCGCCUGUUCGACGAUGGACGUAUGAGGUGUUCUAUUACGUUCACAUCGUGAUGGCUCUCUUCUUUAUGGGUGCAUUGUGGUGGCAUGGAUAUCAACUUCUAGAUAGCGACAAGUACAUGAUUGCUACGGCUGUCCUCUUCUUCUCCAGUGUUCUAUGGCGCCUAGUCAUGAUAGCCUUCAACAACCCGACGUUCCAUAGCUGCACCGCAACACUUCUCUCUUCAGACACUCUUAAACUCACCAUUCCUACCACUAUCCACUGGGGUCCAGGACAACACGUCUUUCUUCGGUUCAUCGGACUUCGAACAUUGGAAUCACAUCCCUUCUCCAUUGCAACUCUUCCCAUCUCUUUCACAGUCUCUGGUCCCAAUUUGGACAGACCAAGUCUCAUCGUCUCUGAGUCUAUAAGUCGCUGUCAUCCUACCGUACUUGCAAGUGAAACACUACCUGUGUCGAAGAAGAGGCGUGCAGGUGAAGUGGCGGAAAUGAACUUCCUUGUUCGGGUCCGUUCCGGGUUCACUCAGGCUCUCGCAAAUCGAAUUACCGCUCAAGGGGGACAAGGGAAGAUCAAAUGUGUCGUAGAUGGUCCGUAUGGACAUUGUGAUCUGGGUGAAUAUCCAGAGAUCUUCAUCGCCGUUGGUGGAAGUGGUAUCAGUUGGGGUUUGGGGGUCUUGCAACAUGUGGCAGUAAGGAAAGGAGGAAAGGUGAAAAUGGUGUGGGCCAUAAGACAUGCCGAUGCGCUUGAGUGGUUCUCGGAAGAACUACAGAUCUUGGCCAAGAACCCCGGAGUCGACAUUCACAUAUAUCUCACUGAUCAAGCUACUCAAGCAUCUGACUUACAAAGUAAGGAAGAUACGACCGACGACAAAUUGGGGACCAUGGAGGCUACGGACGGACAUACGGUCACUACCGCUCUUUCUCAACAGGUGUACUCCAGGGGCAAUAGCGAACUGUCGGCUCCAGGUACGAAAAAGGACAUGACCUUACAUUCUGGAAGACCUGAUCUCCCGUUGCUGAUAGAAGAGUUUGUGCGGCAAAAUACCAGUGGAUCAUGUGCAGUUGCUGCUUGUGGACCAGGAAGGUUCAUCACCGACUGCGCGAACGCUGUGAGCAAGGCGGAGGUGGGGAUCUUACUAGGAACAUUGAAGGUGGAAGAGGUUUUCUUCAAAUCAGAGCAAUACACAUGGUAG